CCCGAUAGAAACAAUAUCAAAUCUGAUAUUCUAUCGAACCGAUAACGUUUCGACGGCAGGUUUCGCGACGACAGAAAUUACGAAAUCGCGGGGUAGGUUAACCGAGAUGAUAGUGAGAAAAUUGUUGGAAUGAGUCGACGCAGCUGAUUUCCGGGACGAUUAAGAAUGCCGCGAGUCGCGCAGCCCGCAACAAUAACCACCGCGGAGAUGACCACGCGUUCCUCCGCGCAUUUUCCACGUUUCUAAGUUGCAUAUAACCUCUCCAUAACCCUCCUCCUCGAAUCCAAAUUGAAUCCGCCAUGCACGUUGCCCAACGUUCCAACGAAGCUGUCGAUCAGCAACCGCACGCGAGACCGCCCCGAAAUCGAAAACUGGAGCGCCCGGAAGACGCGAAAGCCCUUGGUCUACGGAUACCAGAGUCGAGAAACUCCUCCGUGGGCUCGAACUCGACCACCUCGAGGAAUUCUGCUCGUCCGUCGGGCUCGAGGGCCGUUCGUAAAUUGUCCAACGACGUUAAGAGAUCGAGCAAAGAGCUGAAGCAGCCCCGAAACACGGACACGAAAGCGACGAAGAAGCCCCAGGAUCCGAAAGAGGAACGGAAGACUCAGCGAACCGUCGCCUCGGAGAGGCUGAGCAACUUUCACGCGAAACUUGAAAGAGGAUUGAAGAGUAUCUCCUACAGGACGAAGACACGUCGCAAGGACGGUUCGGAGACCUCGAAAGCGUCCGAUCGUUCGUCUAAAUUGAGUCCACCGUUGGAUAGAGUUGAUCGUUCGUCGGGGAGUCCAUCGUCCUGCCAGGACAAGUCGGACAAGAUUCGAGCAGACCCGAGCUCGAAGUCCAUGAGACAAUUGUUCAGCAUGGCUGACUCGUGGAGCAGCGACUCGAUGAUCAGUCACUCGGAUAACUGUGCUUGCUGCUACAAUCGAGAGCCCUGUCCUUUCCACGGAACCGACCGCGUCGAGGAAACGCGAACUUCCGUGGAGGAUCACGGUUCGACGGACCCGGGGACGAAUUGGCGCGGAUAAUAUCGCUCCGUGGAUAAUUGAAAAAUCUUUCGAACGUUUCUGCGACAGCACGAUAUUGGAAGUUGAA